GGAUCGCGCGCUCAGGAGGCUGACGGAGGCGCGCGCUCGUGACACAUUCUUCAGAUGUUCCGUUAAUCAUCAGAAAUAAAGAGAGAUAAAUCACGAAUAUCCGCGACACACCGCAGCGAGCGCAGGAUGACUGAAGAUGGACGUUCCUGAAUAUCUGGAUCUGGAUGAAAUUGAUUUCUCUGAUGACAUAUCUUACGCAUCAAAGAACAUUCCAGAACUGUGUCGAAGACAUGAUGGACAAAGUGACGAGAGACAAGUUCCAGCCAUCAACUGGGGGCGAAGUGCAUCAUCUCACAGUGGCACCGGAAUCAAACCCACUGGCAUCGCUGAUGUCUACAGCAAAUUCAGACCCGUUAAACGCGUGUCUCCUCUCAAACACCAGCCCGACGUCUCAGAGACAGACGCGGACGGUAAGAGCAGCGAGCAGAAUGCACAUGUAAACAAAGAUGACGGCACCGUUACUGAUGUUCAGGGGCUGAAGAGUAAAGUCUGUGUGAAUGGAGCUGUGUUCGGAGAGCUGGAGCACUACGAUCUGGACAUGGACGAGAUCCUGGACGUGCCUUACAUUAAAUCGAGCCAGCAGAUGGCCACUCUCCCUCGCGUGAGCUCUGAGAAGAGAUCCUCUACUGAGCUGUGUCACGGUGUGAAAGGCUCGUCUCUCACGCACACAGAGAGCAUCAGCAGCGGGAUGCAGUUCUGUGUUCUGUCUCCCGUCAACUGGCCUGACAUGAGGAAGUCUAAGUCUGUAGAUCAGGAUUACCUCAGAACACAAAGCGCCGGAUUUGAACACUCUCCAAACACACUGCACGCCUCUGAGACGGACAGACUCGUGUCCGGCCUGCCCUUCCCAGAUACACCGACUCAUAAAGCCGGAGCCGAUUCUCCCAGCAACCAGGCGAUGUUCCCUCUUCAGGGAGGUAAAGCAGCAGCGCGGCAGGACAAGAGCUGGGGAGCAUCACGGGCGUUUGGAGAAUGCGAUGAAGAAACCAAGAAGAACCACAACAUCAUCAACAUCGUCAGAGAAGGACAGAUCUCACUCCUGCCUCAUUUUGCAGCUGAGAAUUUGGAGCGAAUCAGAGAUGAGGACAGAAACAAUCUGCUGCACAUCUCUGCAGCUCAGGGUCACGCAGACUGUCUGCAACAUCUGACCUCUCUGAUGGGCGAGGACUGUCUGAACGAACGCAACAAUCAACAGCUCACACCCGCUGGACUCGCCGUCAGGAACGGUCAUCUAGAGUGUGUGCGCUGGAUGGUGAGUGAGACGGAAGCGAUCGCUGAACUCAGCUGCACCAGAGAGCAUCCCAGUCUCAUUCACUAUGCUGCACGCUACGGACAGGAGCGUGUUCUGCUGUGGCUGCUGCAGUUCAUGCAGGAACAGGCCAUCUCUCUGGACGAGGUGGAUCAGAACGGCAACACUGCGGUUCACGUCGCAGCUCAAUACGGUCAUCUGACCUGCAUUCAGACGCUGGUGGAGUACGGCUCUAACGUGACGGUGCAGAAUCAGCAGAGUGAGCGCCCUUCUCAGUGCGCCGAGCGUCAGGGUCACAGCACCUGCUCGCGGUAUCUGGUCGUUGUGGAGACGUGCAUGUCCCUCGCAUCACAGGUUGUCAAGCUCACCAAACAACUGCACGAACAAACUACAGCACGAGUAGCUUUACAGAAUCAACUUCAGCUCAUUUUACACAGACAAGAACCAAACGGAAGCGCUCAUGUUCCUGCGGCUGAGAUGUGUCCAGAGAUGACAUUAACCGCUGAAGUCACUGCUGAUAAUGGCCGGUGGAUUCUGAGACAGAGACACGUGGAUGCAGACGCUGGACUGAGGAAGGGUGCGGCAGAGGGCGCCAGUGGGGUGGAGUCAGGGGUGGGGCCUGGAGCCGGACCGAUAAGGAGGCAGGGUGUGGCGGAGAGGCGGGAACUAAAGCUUGUGCGUCUCAAACAGAUCAUGCAGCGCUCGCUCAGUGAGUCGGACAGUGACGCGUACCCGCCGGACGAGUCCAAACACUCCAGACCUGAGAGACCGACCCAACUGCCCAUUGCUGAGUCCGAGGAGCCCGCUGCGGGAUCACGGGUAAUGGCGAAACAAAAACAACCGUCAGCCAGUGAGCGCAAGUUCUCCUUUGCGCACAGAACUUCUAAAUCUAUGGACGUUUACAACCCGUCUCCAUCAUCGGACAACAGCGACCCCGAUCAUGAUGCUAAAACUGACGUGACGGGAGAAUCUCCGGACGGGCAAAAGGUCACCACGAGUCCCAAGAGCGCUCUGAAAUCACCGUCCUCUAAAAGAAAGACCUCACAGAACCUGAAGCUCAGAGUGACGUUUGACGAACCGCCGCGUAAAGACGGACCUGCGGCGGAUGUGAAAGUCACCACCGGCAAAGAAAAGACAGAAUCAGGGAAACGGCCCUUCGGAGCGUUCCGCUCCAUCAUGGAAACACUGAGCGGAAACCAGAACAGCAACAAUAAUAACACUAAGACUAGCGCUGGUAAACAGUCCAACGCGGCCUCAGCACACAGUCCAGCGGGGAAAAAAACCGAGUCCAAGAGCAAAAACAAGGCGAGUGCCGUUUAGUGCCGACUGAUGUGCUGUUUCAUGAUGUGUUCAUGUCAGGUGUCGGUGUUUUAGAAGAAUCGAUGAUUAUUAUUAAUAUGGUCAAAUGAUUCUGAUAAAUUUGGAUUUGCACAAGUGACUGACUGAGACAAUUUAGAGCACGACAUUAGAAAUCAGGUGCUUUUGAAAAUCAUUUUCACCCUCUACAAUGCAAAAGUUUAUUAUUAUGCAGUAUCUUUGUCUUGUUUUCUAAUAAAAAUAUCUAGACAUCCUUAAAGCUAGAGACAUCUGGGGCCUGGGUAGCUCAGUGGUAAAAUACGCUGGCUACCACCCCUGGAGUUCGCUAGUUCGCUAGUUUGAAUCCAGGGUGUGCUGAGUGACUCCAGCCAGGUCUCCUAAGCAACCAAAUUGGACCGGUUGCUAGGGAGGGUAGAGUCACAUGGGGUAACCUCCUCGUGGUCGCUAUAAUGUGAUUUGUUCUCGGUGGGGCGCAUGGUGAAUUGAGCGUGGUUGCCACAGUGGAUGGCGUGAAGCCUCCACACGUGCUAUGUCUCCGUGGCAACGCGCUCAACAAGCCACGUGAUAAGAUGCGCGGGUUGACUGUCUCAGACGCGGAGGCAACUGGGAUUCGUCCUCCGCCACCCGGACUGAGGCGAAUCACUAUGCGACCACGAGGACUUAGAGCGCAUUGGGAAUUGGGCAUUCCAAAUUGGGAGAAAAAGGGGAAAAAUCCAAAAAAUAAAAAAUAAAAAAAUAAAAAUACAAAUAAAAUAAAAAACUAGAGACAUCUACCUGGGACGCAAGAUUGCAUGUGAUGCUUUGUAAGGAUGCGCCAAUAUUUUUGGAUUAGUUGAUACCGAUUUUAACUAAAUUGAUUUGGGGGAAAAAGGUUAUUUUGCAGUUCUAAUAAAUUUUUGCACUUCUGUUUUUCCAUUCUAAACAAUAGAACUCACUGUUUACAUAUGAUGAUAAAACGUAAAAAGUUCACAUUUGUGUAUAUUCAACAAGCAUUUCUUUAUAUUAGACACAGAAAAAUGGUGAUAAACUUUAUAAAAUGCAAUACAUUUACAUAACUAUUUUUUUUUCUUCAUAUCAGCACUUUCAUGCUUAUGACAGAUAUGCUAGUGGUUUUAAUAUGGUCAAUAAUUGUCUGAUAAAUAUCAGUGGUCAAUACAUUUGUGCAUCCGUAAUAUAAUGACCUGUUUUCAGAUUAACGUCUUGUUCCGUUGGCGAUUUGUGUAACUUGUUUUAAGCAUGGAACUCGCUACGUUUAGACAAUAUAAGUGACACAUGUCUACGAAAACAAAUCAAGCAAAUGCAAUCUUGCUUCUCAGGUAAAUGUAUCUUGUUUUAUGAAUGUUCAGGUAUUUUUACAGGAAGCAGGACAGAAAUGCACUAAGAAAAUAACUUUUUGCAGUUACGUGUUUUGGACCUCUUUAAAUAAGGUAAAAUUGUAAUUUUUUUCUGUAUUACUGUAAAUGCACGUUUUGAAACACUAAUUUUGCAAAACUGUGAUUUUAUACAGGCUCAAUAAUGAAAGCAGAACCAGCGAUGUGUUUCAGAGGAUGAAAGCAGUCUGUAAUGAAUGAAUCCGUAAUGAUUCAUGUGUUAAUCAUGAGUGAAAUAAGACCUGCAGGAGACUCAUGAAGGAAGUGUUUCUGAUGUUUUUGAUUAACUUUCAUAAUUUACAGAAAUCUUACUACAAAUAAGUUUAUACGUAAUCUGUAAUGUUUGAGUAAAUGAAUGAAUAUAUAAUUUAAGUAUGUUUGAAUGCAAGAAGCAUUAUAUUAUUGCAAUCAUUGUAAUGGCAUUUGGAGAUUGAAAUAAAUGUUUUCAACUGUUACAAAAAGCAACACAGGAAAAUAUAAAAACAUUUACAGUAU